UUUGUUUCUUCAUUUUGCAUCGAAAGCAUCGGCCAAACUGCCAAAAGAAGUCCACUCUUUUGCUUAUUAGAAUUGCUUGUUGGCAUUAUGCUGAUUAGCAGCCCAUUUGAGGCACUCGAGAUAUUGGUACUUGGUAGUUUAAUGGGAAGGCAAGGAUCACCUCGGAGUCCACGUCCCGGAAUUCAAAAACCGAGCUUGUCAUCGGGCUGUGAUCCUCCUCCUCUCGGUAGAAGAGUGCCGGGAGGAGAAUGGAAUAAGAGUGCCCCAACCAGUGGAUCCAAGAGCGAGCCUGCAAAAGUCUGUGUUAAGGGAGUUUAUGCGGGAAAGAGGCAGAAUUGGCUUCAUAGGCAUCUUAGGACUAUCGUGUUUACACUCGGUUGGAUAGGUCUAAUGUUCGUGUUUGAUUCAUGCAUGGUAUCUAUUGUCAAGUACACGUUGAUUUCUAAAAAUGCAUCAUUGCCAAGAGAAUCAAGCGAGUCGAAGGAGGACGGAGGCAUCAACGGCGGAGACAGAAAGCCAGUUAUUGAGAUGUACAGUCAGCUCGUAAAUUCGGCAUCUGCAUCUCUUGCUAAGAAGGUGUUCGAGGAGGAGCCGGCUAGUUUGUGGGAGGAACCAUAUCGCGAGGCAUCUCAGUGGAAACCUUGUGCUCAUAGAACCCUCCCGAGCAACCAUGAAGAAGGAAAUGCAGGUGAAAGCAAUGGCUACAUAAUUGUUAGUGCUAAUGGUGGGCUCAAUCAACAAAGAGUCGCUAUUUGCAAUGCUGUUGCUGUGGCAUCUCUCCUCAAUGCAACGCUAGUUCUUCCAAGAUUUUUGUACAGCAAUGUGUGGAAGGAUCCAAGCCAAUUCGGUGAUAUUUACCAGGAGGAAUGCUUUGUCAAGACUUUGGAGGAUGAUAUAGAAAUCGUGAAGGAACUUCCACCUGCUCUUCGAUUUCUCAAUAUUGAAGCAAUUGGAAGUCAAAUUACUGAUGCAGAUCUCGAUAAAGAGGCGAAGCCAGUUGAUUACAUCAGGACGGUUCUGCCUCUCCUGCUAAAGAAUGGUGUGGUUCAUUUCCUCGGAUUUGGAAAUCGUCUUGGGUUCGAUCCACUUCCGUUCCAUCUACAGAGAUUAAGAUGCAAAUGUAAUUUCCAUGCUCUGAAGUUUACCCCGAAAAUACAAAAAGUCGGUGCAUUGCUAGUGAGUAGAAUUAGAAAAUUUAAGGCUGCAAGGAGUACUAUGAUAGACAAGCAAUUGCUCGGAAACUAUGCUCCGAUCCGUAAUAGCCUGAGCCCUGAUGGAGAGACAUCGAGAUACCUUGCCCUGCACUUGAGAUUCGAAGAGGACAUGGUGGCAUAUUCCCAGUGUGAAUUUGGUGGGGGAGAAAGCGAGAGGAAGGAACUUCAAGCCUAUAGAGAAUCCCACUUUCCCUUGCUCAUGGAGCGAUUGAAGAACUCGAAGCAAGUGUCACCGACAGAGCUGAGGAUGUUGGGAAGAUGUCCAUUGACACCUGAAGAAGCAGCCCUCGUUCUAGCAGGUCUCGGGUUCAAGAGAAGCACCCACAUCUACCUUGCGGGAUCUCAGGUAUAUGGGGGAGAAUCAAGGAUGCGUCCCUUAACUGGACUUUACCCAAACUUGGUCACCAAGGAAACUCUUCUCACGCCGAGUGAGCUGUCCCCUUUCAGAAACUUCUCAUCUCAGCUAGCAGCACUGGACUUCAUUGUCUGUGCAACUGCGGACGUGUUUGCUAUGACUGACUCGGGAAGUCAGCUGUCAUCUCUCGUGUCGGGAUUCCGGGCUUACUACGGGGGAGGCCAGGCUCCUACCCUUCGACCCAACAAGAAGAGGCUGGCAGCAAUCAUGUCUGAGAACAACACCAUGGAUUGGAACAAUUUCAAGUAUCGAGUUAGAAAGAUGAUCGAGGAAGGCCAGAAGGUACGUGCAAGGAAGUUUGGUCGGAGCAUCUACCGGCAGCCUAGGUGUCCGGAGUGCAUGUGCAAGUCUUACUACUAAUAGCAUUUAUUAUCAUGAUUUAUACCAAUUCUUUUCAAGGGUUCCCAUAAUAGUUCUUGUAACAUUCUACCUCUCUUGAUUGAUAGUAAAAUUUUUGCUCAUACUUCAUUCUCCCCCA